GUCUGCAAGAGACGAUUCCCUCGUCCUGUGAGGCCGUGUACCAUACUUGACCCUAACAGUGGAGCAUUGCUCAUGAAACAGGGAGAAGCCCGGCUAAAUAGCUUCACCCCAGCACUGACAUAUAUCUUGCGAUGCAAUAGUGAUGUGACCAGUCUGCUCUCAGGGACUGCCAUCAAAGCUAUCACAGCCUAUGUCACAGACUACAUCACCAAAACACCACUGAAGACCCACACAAUGUUCUCUGCAGUAAAGACUGUGUUUACACGCAACACAGAACUCCUCACGGAGGAUGGCACAGACAGGAAAAUCCGGGCCCAUAAGCUUAUUAAAAAAAUGGUCAAUGCACUGUCUGCAAGUGCAGAAUCUGGAGCACCUAUGGCCUGUAUGUAUUUACUCAACCAUCCUGAUCAUUAUACUAGCCACAUAUUCAAACCAUUUUACUGGCGCAGCUACAAGUAUGAAGUGAUGAAAGCCUGGACUGAGGAAGACAUAUUGUAUAAUCUUGACCAGAACCCUGUCAAGGUGGUCAUUGGAAAGAGCAAGGACAGUUUUGUUGGCAUGUCCCAGCAGAUGGACUACAUCCACAGGCCUACAAAAUAUGACCAUGUUAGCCUAUAUGACUGGAUCCGACUGGCUGAAAAACAGACCAUGGGUCGUGCAAAAAAGCAAGCAACACAAAAGCUCAGAGCUGUCAAUGCAAAGAUCACCCAGUUGACACAAAAUGUGAAAGCUGAACAGCCUAGUCGAUUUCUUCCAACCCAUCCGCAGUAUGAGACACACAUGGCAGUCAUGCAGCCUGAGCAUUGUGCAAGGGUCCCUAACUUUGUAGGUGGCAGUCUUCCAAGGAAAGACAAAGGAAACAGGGAAGAGUAUUGUCUUGUUAUGCUUAUGUUGUUCAAGCCAUGGAGGAUAGGUACAGACCUGAAGCAAUCUGGGCAAUCUUGGGAUGACGCAUCUGCUGCACACCAGUUCACU